GGGAAGCCCUCGCUCGUCCCUCAGUUGCAGCCGCGCCAGGCCGAGGCGAGGGAGUCGGCGGGGAGGUGGCGCCAUGAGCCAAGACGAGCCGCGCGCCCUGAAAGGGAACCUCAACGAGCUGCCCGACGGCUCCCCGGUCGUGAGGGCCGCCGUGGCCGCGCUGAGGCGCCGAGCCCGGGAGGAGAACGUACAGCCUUCGCCCUGGUUCCUGUCCGACGCCUUCCUGGUCCGCUUCUUGCGAGCUCGGGAUUUCGACGGCGAGCUGGCGUGGAAGCUAUUGAAAAACUAUCACAAGUGGAGAGCUGAAUUCCCAGAAAUAGUUGGAGAUCUACGGCCAUCAUCUGUCCUCAGUCUGAUGAAAGCUGGUUACCUUGGAGUUCUGAAGGAGAGGGACCCAGCUGGUAGCAAAGUUCUCAUUUACAGAAUUGCAAAAUGGGACCCAAAGACAUUCACAGCAUUUGAUUUGUUUCGUUUAAGUCUUAUCGCAUCUGAGCUCAUUGUGAGAGAGCUAGAAACACAGCGGAAUGGGGUCAAGGGUAUCUUUGAUCUUCAAGGAUGGAGAUUCGCCCAUGCAUUUCAGAUCUCUCCAACGGUUGCCAAGAUAAUAGCUGCCGCGAUCACAGAUGCCUUUCCACUAAAAGCUCGUGGAAUCCACUUGAUUAAUGAGCCUUUGCUCUUUCACCCGGUCUUUGCUCUAAUUAAGACAUUCCUCUCAGAAAAGAUCAAAGCACGGAUCCACAUGCAUGGGAAUAACUAUGUUCAUACUCUCCAGCAACACUUUCCAGCCAGCAUUCUCCCAAAAGAAUAUGGCGGUGAAGCUGUCUCCAUUGAAACCCUUUCCCAAGAAUGGACUAACUUCGUAAUGGAAUCUGAAAGUUAUCUUCAGAGUAUUACUCUGUUUAAGUAGUAUGUUCUGGGAGAAGCACAGUUAUUUGAUUAUUAACCAAAAUAUGAGAGAUGAUGACGACGACAAUGAUAGCCUCAUGGUGAUUUCCA